AUGGUUAUAUGGCCAAUUCUGAAUAAGGUAGAUGAAAAACAAUACCGUAUGGAAAUAAAAGAAUACUUAGAAAUUUUGGCAAAUGAAAAUCCAGAUGUAAAUUUUCCACCAAUAUUUAUGUCUCAUUUACUACAAGCAGGGGGAACAAAAUUUUUAAUUCUCAUGUGGAAAAUAUCAGAAAUUAGUCUUAGAACUUAUAUUACUAGAGAAUAUCAAAUAAAACUAUUGCAAGCUCCUAAUAUUGGUGAUACUAAGGACAUAGUACAAAAAUAUUUUACCACUAUAAACAUAAAAAGGGAUCAUACUAUUAGUAAAUUUCAUGAAAAAAUACAAUUGAAUCUACAAUUAUUUAAACAUUACAUACAAUAUAAAUCUAUUAAUUUAGCAAAAGUACAGAGUGCUAUUUUUGAAGUAAAAAGCAAUGUAGAAAAAUUAACAUCUAUACUUCCAGUUAACCCAUUAAUUGCAAAGCGAUUAACAGACAUUGAUGACACAGAAAUUAUAAAUUUAUGGAAAGAAAGUAUUGAUGAAAAUAUUAAGUCAUUAAGUCAAAUAAACUUAAAGCUAAAGAAGCUGAAAACUCUCAGUAAUACAUUAUAUGAGUUACCACACCUAACAAACUGGAAUCUAGAAAUACCUCAACAUUGUAAAACAAUUAAAUUUAUGGAAGAAAUAUAUAAGAAAUUUAUAGUACAAGUUUCUGAUAACUUAUAUGAUAUACAAUGCAAUUUACAAGAGAAAACUAUAAACUACACAUUAGACACAGAUUCUUUACAAAUUAUGAAUCUACAAACAAUAUUAAAUUCACCAAAACAUAAUGUCUCUACUACUGCAUAUAUAGAUAAUGAAAAGAUGUUGACAAAUAUAUUAGCCUCUCCAUUAGAAGGAAAGUAUAAACAUCUGUUUAAAAGAUACAAAUGUAAUUCCUUUGAUUCACAUGAAAGAUCAAUGACAAAAUAUCAAUUUAACAAUACCAUAGACAGUAUUAAAUCAAACUGGGAAUCUCCACAGAAACACUUAUUAAUAUGGUCUCCUAAUAAAAUGAUAGUAUCUCCAAAAUAUUCUAAAUUAUUUUCAACUAGUGCUUCAAAAACAAAUUAUUUUAAAGUUUCAGAUAAUAAUGCAGCAUCUACUCCAAAUAGAAGAAACAUAACAUCAAAAAAAUCUAACAUUCAAACCUCAAACACACAAAGAGUAGACAUAGAUACUGCAAUAAAAAAUAUUUUUGAUCUUUCUUCCAAAAUUACAAAUGUUGUAAUUUCCUUAUCUAAAUCUUAA